AUGCAGGAGGCCGUGGACUCUAUGGUGAAGAAUCUGGAGAGGGAGAACAUGUGCAAGAUGCAGGGCCUGAUGUUCCAGUGCAGCGCUGGCUGCUGCGAGGACAGCCAGGCAUCCAUGCAGCAGAUGCACCAGUGCAUCGAGCGAUGCCAUAAGCCCCUGGCUCAAGCCCAAGCCCUGGUGACCAGCAAACUGGAGAAGUUCCAGGACCGCCUUGCCCAGUGCACCAUGCACUGCAACGACAAAGCCAAAGAUUCCAUAGAUGCGGCGACUAAGGAGUCCCAGGUGCAGCAGCAGCUCGACAGUUGUGUGACCAAGUGUGUGGAUGACCACAUGCACCUCAUCCUAACCAUGGUCAAGAAGAUGAAGGAGGCACUCUAG